AAAAUUUUUAUCACGAUUUGUGUUGCAUCCCCGUAAGCAAAAUCAAAUUCGAACACUAUUAUUGUUGGUAAAGUCUGAUACCACAAACAAAAACCAUUAGUAUUAGAGAUUUCACAAAAAAAAAACUCGUAACAGACAGUCAGUCCUUAUGAAUGUGCGGAAGUGGGAAAUGAGUAGGGAGGAGGGUAAGAAGAGGAGGGGGAAAGCGGUGGUGGUGGGAGGGAGCAUAUCAGGACUAUGCACCGCCCAUGCCCUGCUGUCAGCUGGGUGGCAAGUGGUGGUCCUUGAAAAAACCACAUCUCCACCAACAGGAAGCCCAACUGGGGCCGGCUUAGGGCUUGAUCCUUUAUCGGUAACCAUUCUCGGUUCAUGGCUCCCUCAACCUCAACUUCAUCUUUUUACCUUGCCCCUCACUAUUGAUCAGAAUCACGCUACUGACUCAGAGAAGAAGACCAGUCGUGUUUUGACAAGAGACAUGAACUUCAAUUUCAGGGCUGCAUAUUGGUCUGACCUCCACAGUCUCUUAUACAAUGCACUACCUCCGGAUAUACUCUUUUGGGGUCAUCUUUUUCAGUCUUUUUGUUUAAUUGAUGACAAAAAAUCUGUUAAGGUUCAAAGUAAAGUUCUUCAAACAGGCAAAAUGGUUGAGGUUGUAGGUGAUCUGUUAGUGGCAGCAGAUGGUUGUCUAUCUUCUAUUCGCAAGACAUUUCUCCCUGAUCUUAAAUUAAGGUACUCGGGUUACUGUGCUUGGAGAGGGGUGUUGGAUUUGUCUCAUGAUGAAAAUUCAGAAAUUUAUGUUGCCCUGCAAAAGGUAUAUGACGAUAUGGGGAAGAGCCUAUACUUUGACUUGGCCUCUGGAACUCAUAGUGUAUUUUACGAGCUUUUGAACAAAAGGAUCAAUUGGAUCUGGUACGUGAAUCAACCGGAGCCACAACUAAAGGGGACAUCCGUUACUAUGAAAGUAAGCAACGAUAUGAUCAAGAAAAUGCAAGAGGAAGCAGAGCAGGUUUGGGUGCCUGAACUAGUAAGAGCCAUAAAAGCAACCAAAGAACCAUUCUUGAAUGUCAUAUAUGAUUGUGAUCCCUUAGAGCAGAUUGUAUGGGACCAUGUGAUACUUGUUGGAGAUGCAGCCCACCCAACAACGCCACAUGGUCUACGAAGCACAAACAUGUCUAUAUUGGAUGCAGCGGUUUUAGGUCAAUGUCUGGCGAAAUAUGGAGUUGAAAACUUAAGCAAGGGUUUAAAAGAAUACGAGUCUAUUCGAGUGCCCACCACCUCAAGGCAGGUUCUACAUUCAAGAAGGCUGGGUCGGAUCAAACAGGGUCUGGUUUUGCCUGAUAGGAACAUUUUUGAUCCAAAAACUGGCACUCCAAAAGAAUGCAGAGAACUUCAACAGAAAUAUAUGCCUGCAUUUAACGACAUCCCUUCUUGUUUGAGUGCGAUAGCUAAAAGAGAAUAUUACUCCAACCUAUAAAAAGUUGUACGCCUAUUUUGUAUAUUCAUUGACUGAGUACAUAUAAGCGUAGAAGUUCAUCCCUUUAUCAAGGAACAAGUAAGGACUAAGAAUAUAGCUAGUACCCCCCCCC